AAAAGUAGGUACUAAAUUUUGGUGAAAAGUGAGGAUAAAUUAUAAACAUAAUUAGAAAGUGUAAUACUUAAAAGAAGGAAUAGACCUAUAGGCAAUCCAAUCCAAUGUGUUUAUCUUAGUUAUUCACCUCCAUAAUCCUUGGCAAUUGGCAUGAUCCCUAAAUUCAGAGUCAUUCCGAUCUGGUCAUUUAUCCAUAAUCCAUUAAUUUAAUAUUGUCCUAUAAAUUUGCAGUUUUUUUUUUUCACUUUUGUGGUAAUCCGAUCGUGUCCGAGGGAAGAAUGGCGGGCGGAGGAUUUGUGGAUGGACAAGGCGGAGCAAGGGCGGAGUAUUACGAGUAUAAGAUCACUUGGUAUUUCAUAUUUGCUUCCAUUGUCGCUGCUCUCGGUGGUUCUCUCUUCGGCUAUGAUCUCGGCGUCUCCGGUGGAGUGACAUCAAUGGAUCAUUUCUUGAAGGAAUUCUUUCACGAAGUAUACAAAAGAAAACAAGAACAUCUCAAAGAAACCGAUUACUGCAAAUAUGACAAUCAAUCACACUUCCUCACACUUCCACUAGCAUCACAUGUCCCAAAGGUAGCUAGCAUUCUUUGUUUAUUUGGUGCAAUUCUCAAUGCCCAUGCUAAUCAUUGGCCGAUGCUUACUUGGCAUUGGCAUUGGAUUUGGCAACCAAGCGGUACCUUUAUAUUUGUCAGAAAUGGCACCUGCAAAGAUCAGAGGAGUAGUAAACCAGCUUUUUCAGCUAACAACUUGCUUGGGAAUCUUCAUAGCCAAUUUUGUAAACAAUGCAACUGAAAAACAUCCAAAAGGGUGGAGAUUAUCAUUAGGGUUAGCAACUGUUCCAGCAACCCUAAUGUUUGUUGGUGGACUUUUUUUACCUGAAACUCCAAAUAGUUUAGUGGAACAAGGGAGGUUAGAAGAAGGAAGAAAAGUGUUGGAAAGAGUUAGGGGAACAACAAAAGUGGAUGCAGAGUUUGAAGAUCUUAUUGAAGCAAGUGAAGCUGCUAAAGCUAUUAAACAUCCUUUUAGGAAUUUGUUGAAGAGGAAGAAUCGUCCGCAGUUGGUUAUAGGGGCUUUGGGUAUACCUGCGUUUCAACAGCUUACUGGGAUGAAUUCGGUGUUGUUUUAUGCGCCUGUGAUUUUUCAGAGCUUGGGAUUUGGUUCAGGAGCUGCACUUUGGUCUUCUACUAUUACUACUGGUUCUCUUGUGGUUGCUACUCUUAUAUCAAUGGCAUUUGUUGAUAAGUUUGGGAGGAGAGCUUUUUUCUUGGAAGCUGGAUUUGAAAUGGUUUGCUGCAUGGUGGCUGUGGCUGUAACUCUAGCCCUAAAAUUCGAUCAUGGUGUGGUACUCUCAAAAGGGAUCGGAAUAUUUCUUGUAGUAGUAAUCAGUCUUUUCGUUCUAGGGUAUGGGAGGUCAUGGGGCCCACUAGGAUGGUUAGUCCCAAGUGAAAUCUUCCCUUUAGAAACAAGAUCCGCGGGUCAAAGCAUGGUUGUUUGUGUCAACAUGCUCUUCACUGCUUUAAUCGCACAAUGUUUCUUAGUCUCACUUUGUCACUUAAAAUUGGGAUUUUCUUGGUGUUUGCGGGUUUGAUUGUAAUCAUGAGUCUCUUUAUCUACUUCCUUUUGCCUGAAACAAAGCAAGUUCCUAUUGAAGAGAUACAUUUGCUAUGGCAAGAACAUUGGUUUUGGAAAAGAUAUUGUGAACCGGAAGAUCAAGUACAACAAGUAGGAAGGAAGGUAGAACAUGUGUAGGAUUUGAAACAAUUGUUGCUUUUGGAAGUGAGUAGAAAACGAAAAUCUGGUUAAAUGUGCAUAUUUUGUGGAGCUUUGAUGAUGAUGAUGAUGAUGAUAAAAUGUGAAUGAAUAAAGGGUGAGGGGUUGUAGGUUUGAGAGAUGGAAAUGGUUACAAAAAGAUGAAGUUGUACAUAAAGAC